GCAACCACGGUCGUUGUCAGCUUCGUGGAAUAUCGUAUCCUCUUCUUUAUCGAGGCUUCACUUGUUUCUUACUCAAAACUGCUGCAACCACUAGCUAAAAGGAGAAUUAGCUAAAAGAAAAAUUUCGAGGCAGUAAAAUGAAGACGCUCGUUAUUGGGCUGAUUCUACUUGUGGCUGCUGAGAGGGGAGCCGGAAACCCUUCCAAGGGGACCUUCAAGAAUACGCCAGAUAAAUGUGCUCCAAUUAUGUUGCCCGAGAAAUUCGUCUCCAGCAAAGGGUUCCCAUCAAAAAACUACCCACUAAAUGCACACUGCAUAUAUGAGAUCCCUGACCCACGCGGAAAAGGAGUGGAACUAGAAUUCAAGAACUUUGAACUUGAAGCCCAUGACAAGAACCAGUUGUGUGGGUUCGAUUAUCUGGAAAUUUUUGACGACGAAGGAGACAGCUUUGGCAAAUACUGCGGCCAUGAUUUGCAGGACAAAACCAUCCAGGUGGAAGGGAGGAAAGCAACCAUUGUAUUCCACUCGGACCUCAGUAUGCCCAAGAGAGGCUUCAUCAUGAAAUUCAAGCCUUUGGAAGAACCCACAACACGGCCGUCAUUGCUUUCCAAGCAAAGUCUUGUUAGCUCAGGACCUACCACACAAAUGACGACUGAAGAGACAACAGGCCGAACAGAGCGAACAACUGAGCCUCCCACUUCAGAGGCAGCUCGACCGACAUCAAGAGAGAUCACAACAGCUGAGAACAAUGAAAAAACAACCGAGCAUGCAACUACCGAAGGCAUUCCGACUGAAAAAGAUAAUAUACUAACAAUUACCGAGACAAAAAAGGCAGAACCCAAAAUAUUUGUCAAGAGAAUUAUGGGAACAGAAAAGAGAACAAAAGAUGUGUCCAGACCAGAGCAAGACACGGAAGAGUCUGAGGCGCCGUCUGAGAUACCGAGUCUUUCUCCCCCUCCAACAGCUGUCGGUUACUCGACAGAUAAAUCAGUGAUUGACAUGGUCAAGGCAACAGUUAGCACUGGAAGCCAGACAAGCUUAAACCAGACCACACCACCAAAUGAAACAUCGACCGAAAUACUAUCAAACGAGACGUUAUCUACUGGGUUACCAUCAAACCAGACAUUGCCGACUGAGUUAUCAUCAAACGAGACUUUUUCAACUGAGUUACCAUUAAACCAGACAUUGCCUAACGAACUACCAUCAAACGAGACGUUAUCAACUGUUGCGCCAUCAAACGAGACAAUAUCGACUGAGUCACCAUCAAACGAGACAAUUUCGACUGAGUCACCAUCAAACGAGAAAAUUUCGACUGAAGCGCCAUGGUACGCGUCAUCAACCAUGUCACCGGCGGAACCAGAACCUACAAAUAUACCAAAGGUUAUUGAUGGAAUGAAUGUCUGGAAAGAAGGGAACAAAGAGUCCGAAGAUAGAGCCAUGGCGAGGGAUUUGCGGAUACUCUCAUGGAUAACCAAAGUGGAUUUUCUUCUUAAUCAGAUUAAAGCGGAAGUCACCAAUGACAUGGUGGAGCAGGAGGAAGAGGUGUUCGCUGCUGAAGCGAAGCGCACUCGUGGAAUCGACACUUUCCUGUCUGACUCUGAAAAUAUGAUGAAGUAUAAGGACAUAAGACGAUCGCGUGUGCGACGGGAUCUGGAGGACGACCUCAUGGCAGAGAUUACCCGGCUGGAAGCCGUCAGAGCCCGGACAUACGCCGGCAAGACUCGGCCAAAUAAAAAAAGAGCACAUCAAGCCAACAAACCUAUGAAAUGGAUGCAAAUGAAGCUCUUGAAAGCCAGACUUCCCCCAGAAUAAUUCAUGUCUACCCCCAAACAACUGGCCGGCACGGCUCCAUAUAUAAAUUUGCUAGAAAUACUCGGGACUAUCAUGGAUCUAUAAACUAGUAAAAAUCAUUGCGUCGAGCACGUAACAGUUCUUCCCCUACUACCGAAGUCUACAAGAAGCUUGCCCACCCACGAUUUUUAUAAAAGUAACCAAGUUACCUGUGAAAUUUUACACACAUCAAUAAAAAGAGGUUUAAAGUC